UGAUAAGCAUCCUGUGUUAUGACCGUGAAACAGACCCUCUCGUUGAUGUCGGUAAUGCCUGGAAGGCCCACGCAUUCAGGUCUGCAACCUUAACUUGAACUUUGCAGGGCACUGCUGGUGCUCGUCUCAUAUGUUGAAUUAAGCCCUUGAUAAGCAGUUUAAACGCCGCUGUUUGUUCGGGAUGUUCAGUUUCCCUCACAGGAGCCCGCCAUAGGAUGAGCUUUGGAGAUAGGCGAUUCUGCUUUGUGGCUGUCCCAGACAUACACACACUUGGACUCUCGUCAUCUCGUAAACAACCUUCUCUGCUGUAUAGUUUGCUCUUUUCUCAGUUUAUUUAAAGCACCCUUUACAGUGUAUGUGUGGCAACAACAUGUCUGUGCCGCUGCUAGCCGAGGCUGUGACGGUGUCCGGGGCGGAGAAGGAGACCGCAGCGGUGAUCUUCCUCCAUGGGUUGGGAGACACGGGGCAUGGCUGGGCAGACGCCAUGACAGCGAUCCGGCUGCCGCAUGUCAAGUACAUCUGUCCCAACGCGCCCAAAAUCCCUGUCACUCUUAACAUGAGGAUGACAAUGCCGUCGUGGUUUGACCUCAUGGGCCUGAGCCCUGACUCUCCAGAGGAUGAGGCUGGAAUCAAGAAGGCAGCAGAGAACAUCAAGGCCAUAAUUGACCAUGAGGCCAAGAAUGGCAUUCCUCCGAACCGAAUCAUACUCGGCGGUUUCUCUCAGGGUGGGGCCUUGUCUUUGUAUACCGCCCUGACCUACCAGCAGCAGUUGGCUGGUGUCGUAGCUCUCAGUUGCUGGCUACCGCUUCACAAGAGUUUCCCACAGGCGGCAAGUGCCAGCGGGAAUAAGGACAUGCCUAUCCUGCAAUGCCACGGCGAGAUGGACCCCAUGAUCCCCGUGCAGUUUGGGGCCAUGACAGCAGAGAAGCUCAAGACCAUAGUCACCCCUCAGAAGAUCACCUUCAGAACCUACCCAGGGCUCCCCCACAGCUCCUGUUCUCAGGAAAUGGCAGCUGUAAAGGAAUUCAUUGAGAAGCAAUUGCCCCGAAUUUGACCUCACCUCAUCCCCCACUGUAACCCCGCCCCUCGACACUGACCUCUCACCCCACGACCUGCCAUUCACCCACAGGAAACAGCCAUGAGCACGCCCCCUUGCGAAUUGAUAAACACAAUAUGCAUGAACACACACAUACACACACACCCACACACAUAUAUAUAUAUAUACCCACACACACACACACACACACACACAAAAUAAUGAUUUGAUACAUAGGUAUACACUAAUUCCAUGCGUCUCAUACAGUCGAAACCAACAUGAUUCACAUAAAAACAUUUUUAUUGCACGCACAUUAAUCCGUAAAUGCAACCGAGUGCUUAUAGUCUCACAAGUCUUAUCUGUCAGAGGGAGGCAACACUGGCUCACACAGCACAUUCUCCACGACCUUUAUUUCAACGCUUCCAUUUUUAAACGUUAUACACCCCUUUCCUGCUUCUUAUUCUUGUUCUUAGUUCCCUCCGUUUCUCCAGUCCUCACCUGACACAUCACCUCCCACCCCUCCCUGCACAUCACCACCUUUCUCCGCUCCUCCCAGUGCUGUGUGCGUGUGUGUGCGCGUGCGUGUGCGCGUGUGUGUGCCAGUCAGUGUGAGAACAACAGUGACACUGACAACCACAAUAGCGAGUCAGUCGGUAAGCUAACCGCAGGCCUUGUGCUGUCUGUGGCCAACCACCCUCAAGUGUUAUGUACAGCUGCUGCUUUGGUAGUCAUGAAUGAGGAUUCCCUGUGAUGGAGCAUACAGAGCCGGACGAGACUUGGGGGUCCGCUUUGAGCGAGCAGUGGGUUUUAGGUGGUGCUGGAGAGCUCUGGUCUGACCUGCUGGUUCUGUCUGGAGUAACCGGUCCCGGCCAACACUGUACACCGUCUCCCUCAUAACUGUGUGAUGUGUGUCCGUGGACGGUCCGGGUCUCGGUGGCAAUGGCUACCUCGUACCUAACCCCAUGGAUGCCCCUGAUUAAUUCGCUAAGGUCCACAGGGCCCACUUGUCCUUAUUCAGUUGUGUCUAAGAUAUCCAGCAUACAAAGAAAAUCUGACUGAAAUAAAAGAAGUCAAUGGCUUGUUAAUUCUGGCACCAUAUUUUGUUCUUGUUCAAUAUUUUGCAGGUUAUUUCAUGAUUUUGGUCUCAGAGUCGGGUUGGGGGUGGAGGAGGCUGGCUUUUUGACAAUGGUAUACAUAAAAGCCCUUUGAUUAUAUACCAUGUAUUACUGUAUCUUGAAGUAUUCCAAUUGAGAUUCUUUUUUUUAUAUAUAUAUAGUAGUGAUUGACACGAAUAACUUCACUGGUAUGGUUUUCUGUCUGGUGGCAAUGAGUGAUGUUUCACUCCAGGUGGUUGCAGACUCAUUCAGACUGCACACAAGAACAACAUGACAGGGCUCAUUUUCAACAUCCCUCACCAUCCAGCAUGCCAUCUCAUCUCAGUGAGGAGCUUCUUGUAUGCGAGCACUUGCAAAAAGCGCUUUACAAUCCAUCAUGUCUGUCCCCAGAUUAUUUUUCACCAUUUGCGCUUGAUCGUCAUCCGAUCAUCAUUUGCACCGCUCACUCGUGUAUCACUCGAUUAUGUCACAUCAUCAGAGCGUUUUUUUGCUUUCCAUGCCACACGGACCAUUCAUUCCCUCUGUUUUAAGACAUGAGCUCCCUCCUUUGGCAACCCUCAGAUAGAACAUGGAAGGUCAGACUUAAUGUAAAAUCCAGCACUGUUGUAACUCACCUCAUGGCUAUAUACUGGGAGGGCUAUGGCAAAAAGCUGUUCCCACAUUUAACCGAAGGGUGAUUUUUAAAACAGAAGAAUUAAUCCUGAACAACUUGUGACGCUUGGACAUAAGAAUAUAACUCCAAGGAGUCUUGUGUGCUAAAAAAAAAGAGAAGUAUAUAUAUAGUAUAUAUGUAUAUGUAUAUACACACUAUAUAUAUAUAUACUAUAUAUAUAUAUUCUAUAUAUAUAUAUAUCAGGUGUUCUUAUUUUCCUCGUGUGAAUGUUUUUUUUUCUUUUCAUGAUUACUUAAUUCUGUAUUACAGUUCUGAAACAUAAAUUAAAAAACAAAGAAGCAAUGGACAGGAGGAAGCUGACAUCUGUUUUGAUUGUUGUUUUGCAAAUCAAUGAAUGUCUCGAUUACUCUUACCUCCUCGGUUAAGUUUUUGUUUUCCUCUCUGCUUCGACCUUUCUUUUUCUUUCUACUUCUUGCCUAUCUGUGCUCUGUACUUUAUAAAUUUGUUGUGAUCCUUUGUAUUGUUUUUCCUUCAAUUUCCUUUCUCCCCUCUUUAUCAACUCAAAAGUGUUUUUAAUAUACCAACAUUUCCGUCUGUGUGACUACGUCGGACAGCGGCGUGUACGUCCCCCCCCUGUCGUAUGUUGUUAUUGGUUGAAGCUCUUAGGAGCGUUCUCCUAAUCCAAUUUGUGUUUUGGCGUGUUACGUCACUCUGUCGUCAUCUCAACCUUUAUGUCUGUUUAUUACGGAGAGCUUCAAGAAUAAGUGUUGAGGUGAGACAGCUGGUCUCUCCGUGUAUAUUAUUUCCAAGACACCUGUGUGCGGAAUAAAUGACGAAAA